CCUUCUUGCUUCUUCCAAUUCUCCUCGCCAUCUUCAUCUCUCUCUCCCUCUCUCUCUCUCAAAAUUUGGCCGGGAACCCAUUUAUUUCAGUUUGGUUCGUUACCAAAUAAACAAGACAAAACAAAACCCUUACUGCAAUUCGAUCCCCACUCGAACUGUAUAUAUUUUCUUAGAUACGUAUAUCCUCGCGGUCUCUUUGCAUGCAGAUCUGUACCCUUUCAAGUCCGUUUUAGAGGCGGUUAGUGCUCGCACUUUCGGAUCUUCGGGCAAAAAAAAAAUAAUUCCCGCUUCUAAUUCAGAUUCGUGCGCUUUUUUUCGUUCCAAUUGGAUAUUCACCAGUUGCGAAAAAAGGUUGGUAUGAUAACCUCUCGAGAAUUAUAUCUUUACUCUCUAAUUGGAAUAAAGGUUUGGGCGUUUGUUAAUUAGGUUAGACUUCUGGUUUAUACGGUGUUCUGUGGCGGUGUAGGUUUGUGUGUUUUGAAUGACAGUGGAGUAUUGUUUUCUUUAAUUUGAAUUGAUUAUCACACAAUAGAGCAAGUUCGAUUACUCAUGUGAAUUAGAAUUUGGGCAGAUUCUGUGAUAAUUGGAUUAGGGUUUCGUUUUCGUACUUGGAUUCUACGCUUUGAAUGCCUUGGUGGAGUUUAGAACUGUUGUGUUUGGAUGGGAGAAGUGGAAGUUUCCAUGGAAGUGAUAAACGAUGGGGGAAGGAAAGAAUUGAAUACCCCCAAAAUCGAACCAAAGCACGACCAUGAAGUCGUGAGAGGGGUUGAGGAGGGAGAAGUGGAAGUUUGUAUGGAAGUCGUAAACGAUGGGGGAAUGAGAGAAUUGAACUCACCGAAAAUCGAAACGAAGCAUGACCAUGAAGUAGCAACAGGGGACGAGGCGGAGGGAGAAGUGGAAGCUUGUAUGGAGGUCGUAAACGUUGGAGGAAUGAGAGAAAUGAAUUCCCCAAGAAUCAAACCAAGGUGCGACCAUGAUGUCGCAAAAGGGGAUGAGGCGGAGGGAGAAGUGGAAGCUUGUAUGGAGGUCGUAAACGUUGGAGGAAUGAGAGAAUUGAAUUCCCCGAGAAUCGAACCAAGGCGCAACCAUGAAGUCGCGACAGGGGAUGAGGCAGAGGGAGAAGUGGAAGUUUGUAUGGAAGUCAUAAAUGAUGGAGGAAUGGGAGAAUUGAAUUCCCCAAAAGUCGAACCAAAGUGGGACUAUGAAGUUGCCAUAGGGGACGAGGCAGAGGGAGAAGUGGAAGUUGUAAACGAUGUUGGAAUGAAAGAAUUGAAUUCCCCAAAAAUCGAACCGAGACGCAACCCUGAAGUCGCGAUAGGGGAGGAGGUGGAGGGAGAAGAGGAAGUUUGUAUGGAAGUCAUAAACGAUGGAGGAAUGAAGGAAUUGAAUUCUCCGAAAAUCGAACCAAAGCGCAACCAUGAAGUCGCGAUAGGGGAUGAUAAAGAGGUGGAGCCUUGCCCUAAGAAGCAGGCAACAGAAGCUCCAAUUGAUACUGAAUUGGAGACUUGUACUGAGAAGCAAGUUAAGGAAGCUUCAAAUGAUGAUGUUUGCUCAGAAGUUUCGAACCCUGUUUUGUCUCCGAGAGAUAUUGCUUGUAGUUUUCAGACAAUUAGUAGUCAACCAGUUGAGGGAGGUAGCAAUAACCAAGUUGGUUCGGGUGAAGUCUCCUCCACUUGUUCUGGGAAUACAAGUACUGAUGAGACCCUGAGUGAAGAAGAUCAUAUUAAAGAAGAAUCGAAUGAUACAUCUGGAUCAGUUUCCACGACUCGUUUUGUGCUUGAAAUUCCUGAGCAUGUUAGUUCUACUGGAAUUAGGAAAAUUACCUUCAAAUUCAACAAACCAAAGGAGGAAUAUGGUAAUCAUUUUUCUGGGUCGGCUGUGCAGCAUGUAAACCAUUCAGUAGUGGGUUAUACGAAUGCAGAAAUAACUGGCGACCCGUUGUUAUGCCAUCCCAAUGUGGAACUGAAAAUGUCAAAGAAGGUUCUUCUGGAUGGCUACCUUACAAAUGUGAAAAAGCUUUUGUCAACAGGAAUUUUAGAAGGAGCUCGAGUGAAGUAUGUUUCAAACUCACCUGAGGGAGCACUUCCUGGAAUUAUAAAAGGCUGUGGAUAUUUGUGUGGAUGUUCUUUGUGCAAUUACUCUAAAAUUCUAAGUGCAUAUGAGUUUGAGCUGCAUGCUGGUGGCAAAACUAGACACCCAAAUAAUCACAUAUACUUUGAGAAUGGGAAGCCAAUAUAUAGCAUAAUCCAAGAACUUAAGACCGCACCGCUCAGUGAACUGGAUGAAGUGGUAAAGAAUGUUGCUGGUUCAUCAGUCAACGAGGAAUCUUUCCUGGUUUGGAAAGAAAGUCUCCACCAAAACAGUGUUAUGGUUAAACCGGAGAAGAAACAUCAUAUCAAGGUUGCUGGUAUGCAGUAUUCUGCAAUAAGGCCAAGCUCCUACUUUUUUAGCCCAGCUGCGCACCACAGAAAAACUGCUGAAGGUCGCCCGAGGAGAAGGGAUAAUGAUCUGCAUCGAGUACUUUUCAUGCCUAACGGGCUACCAGAUGGGGCUGAAUUGGCUUACUAUGCAAAAGGACAGAAAAUACUUGGUGGCUACAAACAAGGAAAUGGAAUUGUCUGUAGUUGUUGUGACACUGAGGUUAGUCCUUCACAGUUUGAAGCUCAUGCCGGAUGGUCUGCUAGACGUCAACCCUAUCGGAACAUAUAUACAUCUAGUGGACUGACACUUCACGAUAUAGCCUUGUCAUUGGUCAAUGGACAAAAAUUGGCUACAGGCAGCAGUGAUGAUAUGUGUGCUGUAUGUGGAGAUGGAGGGGAUCUGAUCAUCUGCGAUGGAUGCCCUCGGGCUUUUCAUGCAGUUUGUUUAGAUCUACAAUGUGCUCCUAAAGGGGAUUGGCAUUGCCCUUAUUGUAGAGAUAAGUUUGGUCCAGGGAGAAAAUGUGCUGGAGAGUCCUUAAAUAUGGGAAGACCUAUUAAAAUUCGUUUGACAAGGGUAGUUGAAGCACCGGAAUAUGAAACAGGUGGCUGUGUUGUUUGCAGGGCUCAUGAUUUUAGCGUUGCGAAAUUUGAUGAAAGAACGGUUAUGCUCUGUGACCAAUGUGAAAAGGAGUACCAUGUUUGUUGUUUACGGGACAGCGGGUUAUGUGAUUUAAAAGAACUCCCCAAGGACAAGUGGUUUUGUUGUAAUGACUGCAAUAACAUCCAUGUAGCUCUACAGAAUUUGGUUUUAGUUGGAGCAGAGAUGAUUCCGGCUUCAGUUUCGAAUGCAAUGAACCGGAAGCAUGUAGAGAAAGGAUUUGCUGAUGUAUCUGCAAAUGAUGUUCAAUGGAGGAUUUUGAGCGGGAAAAGUCGAUAUCCAGAACAUCUGCCGCUAUUGUCUAGGGCUGCUGCAAUAUUUCGAGAAUGUUUUGACCCUAUUGUGGCAAGAUCUGGUCGUGAUCUUAUACCCGUCAUGGUCUAUGGGAGAAAUAUUUCUGGGCAAGAAUUCGGUGGAAUGUAUUGUGUCGUAUUAAUUGUGAAGUCAGUUGUUGUAUCAGCUGGUCUUCUGAGGAUUUUCGGACGAGAGGUUGCUGAGCUUCCUCUGGUGGCUACGAGUAGAGAAAAUCAAGGAAAAGGAUAUUUCCAAGCACUGUUUUCUUGUAUCGAGGGGCUAUUGCAUUCUCUGAAUGUUGAAAACCUAGUGCUCCCUGCAGCUGAAGAAGCUGAAUCUAUCUGGACGAAAAAGUUAGGCUUCAGAAAGAUGAGUGAUGACCGGUUGUUGAAGUAUACGAAGCACCUCCAGCUGACGAGUUUUAAAGGGACAUCGAUGUUGGAGAAGGCAGUGCAGCAGCAAUUAGUAGAUUAGUUACAAGCUCCGUUUCCAAAUGAUUUAGUCUUUUUUUUUUAAUCAUGCCAAAUGAUUUAGUCACAGAUGCAGGGAUUAGGAUUUUUUUUUUUUUUCUUCAUGUAAGAUUGCGGCUAUUUUUUGUGGUCACAGUAGCUGGCAAACUGAUUGAAGAUUUGUUUGAUUGUUUCUGUUCAUGUACAAACUGAAAAGUGGGGAGAGAGACGGUAAAUAUGUCACAAUCGGCAAUGCAUGCUGACCUUUUAUUAUGCAUGCGGAGGCUGUUUUCAUUUCUACAUUUUGGCCUGGUACCGGUCGUGUAUAUAGAUGUUUUCAGAUGGACAAAAGAAGGAUCUUUUAAAGAGCACAUAUGCCUCGCAGGAAGCUAUUAGAUUUUGUUGUACA